AUGACCGCAGCCCGGCAGCCAAAUGCCUGGGCGUGCAGCGGAAAGUGGACCCAGGGUCUGUCCUGUGGAGCAGCCUUCACGCUGCUUGCUGGGCUCGGCCAAGAACUCGUGAGUUCAUACAGCAGCACGUUCUGUUCUUUCUUCCCGGCCCAGGCACCGUGCUGGGUCCCCAGAGGGGAGCGGCGGCGGCAGCCUGCAGACCAUCCCCCGGGAGAUGAGGACCCUCACGUUCCAUGCCACGCCGGAGGCGGCGUGGAGGUGAGAGGCGCUUUCUCCCAGGAAGGGACCAGAGGCCUGGCCAGGAUCCAGAGAAAGGUCUGCAAAACCGUGCCGCCCACGUUUCUCACUUGUGAAAUCGGACAGUUUGUGGCUGUGGGCCCCCGAGUGGAGCUAACGCCGGCCUUUCUUUUGCAGCCUGAGGCUCACUGCCCCCGACGGGCAGUGAGUGGUGUCCCGGGUGGAGGUCAGCCAACAGGACACUGGGCCUGGCCCGCGGCUGCAGCAGGACAGGCCCUGCGCCCCGUCUUCCUGGCUCCGACUCCGGCUGGAAGCCACGUCGCCCCGGCUCACGGCAGGUUAGAAGCUGGGCUGUCUGCUCUGUGUUUGGGACUGCGCCCAGGCCCAGAUGAGAUAAUGGGGGCUCAGGCAGGACACGGCGCCGUGCUGGGACAGGAGGUGCAGCGGCCGACCCUCUGCUCCUUGGAGAGAACUUGUGCUUUGACUUCAUGCCUUUCAUUUGCGCACCAUCUGGAGGGAGGGACGCCUGCUCGAUUGUUGCCACCUGAGGCCUGGCAAGUGUGGCAGAGGCGACGGCUGGGCCCGGGGCGACGCCCAGCUGCGCGGUGUCUCCGAGCGGCCGAGAACGUGGCUGAGUGGCUGUAUCUCUGUAUCUGUUGCACUGAACGCACGUGCAUAAUAGAUGCGUGUUUGCAAAUUUGUUUGUUUGUGUUUAUUUUCAUGUCCCAGUGCAGCUCCUGGCCAGCGUGCCGGGCACGUACAGGCCUUUCCCAGGGCAGGAGGGGAGCUGGCUGUGCUGUCAGCGGCCUCCAGGCUUCUCUGGCUUCUGGAAAAUAAUUCGAACAUCACGAAUGGCAUGGCACAGACUCCCCAAGGGCAACUCCGUGUCAUGAGAUGAAUUUCCGUUUCCAAGGUGCAGCCUCUAGCUGGAUUUCUGUUUUCCAGCAGCAAGGCACGGCCCAGCCCUCCGCUGUGUGGAUGAAGAGCAGGUGGCACACAGCGGUGUGCUGAGCACGUUUGUCACACGGAAGAAGGAAGUGACCACACUGACGGGCCAGACGAGGGGCCCGACGAGAUCACACCGGACUCCCCGGCUCCGCGGGUCACCCGGCGGCCCCCGCGUGGAAUGCAGGCCCCAGCGUGGGCCUCACGGCAGUGGACGAAAACGUGGCCCGUGGCUGCUGUGGGAAAUGAGCCGUGGACCGUGGACCGUGGAUCGUGCCAGAAUGAAGGCGUGGAGCCGACUGACCAGUCUACAGUGCAGCAGGGCCUUCUGCGGGUGGGGGCGCCUUACAAUGACCAUAGGACUGUGGGCUCAUUCAUUUUCUAAGAAAAAAAAAAUCGUCACAAUUAGCUCUGUGGGUAAAGAACAGAGACAAAUAGUGAACACGGGACAACUGAUCUAAUCAUUUAAUGCAGAAUCGUUAUGAGCAAGAGCAGAAAGAAUAAUACAUGCCAGUGGGCAGUCAUUGUCCAGCCUUGGCUCUUGAGGACCGUAACUGUUACUUCCGUCCAGAAGAAACAACAAUGAAGGCCAUCACUGAUUGAAUCCAUCUCUGCUGGUGAAGAUCGUGGAGUUACCUUCGUAGGCCACUGCCCAGUCUGGCCAGUUGAGGAGAGUCCAGGUAUAUGGCGAAGGAGUCUUGGGCACAUCUCGGCAGAACCAACGUGCUGCUUGGUCCUUUGGCUUUGGAGACGGAUCCAACUCCAACUCGCAGCGGGUCCCUGAGCGUGCCAAUGAGCAGAUAUAGAGAGAAGAGAGAGACGCUUCGUCUGGAUCGAUGAUGAGUACCCUGGGGUGUCUGAAAUCAAGGAUUUUGAUUAAACCCUGUAACUCUGAGGUCCGUCACACAAGAAUUCCUGUCUGCUCCCUCACUGGAAACUGAGCUUACUGCAGAGUUGAAAAUAUUCGGGAGUUUGUUCUCGGCUUCUGAGUAUUGAGUUUUGUGUUAUUUUCAGUAAGUCAACGCAUGAAUAAAGAAAGAAAUGUAUAAAUGAACGAAGACAAGAUAGGUCACUCCUGGCCCCGACAUGAGAGUAUGUAACGUAAUAUAGAACGGAUGCACAUUGAUUCAAUUAAGGAGUGUAGAAACUUCUACUGGACGCGCUGGAGCUGACUUCACAUCAAAGUCCCCCUCAGUCACAGGAUGUCUGGUUGACUCGGCUUUGGGGCAUAGAAGGCCAUAGAAAUGCAAAUCAAAGCACCAUUAAGCGAUGACAUCACAGCCGCGAGAGUGAUGGCAGCUCUGAGGACCAGCAACAGCAAAUGCCCCAGUCUUGCCUCUUCUUUGCUUUGUGCUUUGCAGAGAAGACACCUGCGCCGGUCCCCACCCCCACCACGUCAGGCAACAUGAUGCCCCUGCGGUCAGAAGCAUCAUUCCCAGCAGUGGACUCACUCCAGGUCACUACAGCAUCCUUCCUGGUCGCAAACUGUGACUGGAUCCAAGUAUUGGCGCCCUAGAGACCAAUGGCGUCCUGUGGUCCAGCUUGGUGGUCAUCUCUGUGUCCGGGCGUGAAGACUGGUGUUUCCCCGCCCAGCCCUGCGCUGAGAGCCGUUUCACUGGAGGCAGCUGGCCGAGGCAGAAUGGAAUCCAUGGAGUUGACGGACGUGCCUUCCACGGUCGGGCUGGUCCCUUCUCUCCGCAGGAGCACGGAGGCCGUGACAAAUCACUGCACCUGAUUUCAAGGCUCUUCCUAGAUCAUCAGCUUUGAGUGCUCUCUGUUACAGCCGCCUGGAGACCAGUAAUUUAGAACUGUAGCCUGCACGGGGUCAAGGAGAAUCGUGUGCGUCGUUACCACAAAGGGCCCAGAAUGGCCAGACUUGAGCUGAUUUCACACUCUGCCACGAGGGUGCUCUGUGAUCACAUCUUUGUUUCAGAAGCAUGACCGCCAUAAUGGACUCUGUGGAGCAGACUCAAGCCAUUCCUGUGGGCACAAGUUCUGUGGUGAUCUACCCAUAACAAAUCUACAGUAUGCGUCACAAUUGAGGCUGCUGUGGGCGCUCUUCCGAGGCCGCCAGGUCUGCCGCCGGGCGGGCGACGGGUCAGCAUCAAGGAGAGGAUGGCCAGUACCGUCCUCCCGAUCGAAGGAGUCCCUUGUCCCGAGCCCUGGGCUGGCCUCUGUUUCGGAGUCUGGUGACAAAUUUAUCUUCAUAAAGUACCAAGGACAGAGGAAGCCAGGUGUGCACAGACCAGCGAAGGUGAAGCUGUGAGUGCUACUGUGUGAGACAGAAUGUCCGCAUUGAACGGAUUCAAGAGUUUGGUGUGGUGGUGAGCUCUCCAUCACGCCCCUGUCCGGGGCUCGGGGACCCCUGUGAGGGCUGGUGAAGCUCUGCUGGGCUGCGCUCGGCGAGCGAGACGUCUCCCAGCCGCAUGCUGUCUGUCCGCCCCGCAGCUGUGGGAACACGGAGGCCAAAGGGUCUAGGGCCGACUGUCGUGCCGGCCAUGGUACAGCAGAGCCCGGGUCUCUGUGUGGUGCUCGCCAGGGUGAGUGGCCGUCAGCCUUGUCGUCCUGAGUGGAAUCAUUUGUCUGAGGGUAUUUAUGAUAUUAUUAAAAAAGGAUGAAAUUAAUCAAGAAGUUUACUAUGACCCAUGAAUAUCAUAUGAAACACUGUUGAUUAACCAGUAAUGUACAGGACUGAAGUCCAUUAAUAGAAGUGACGAGUGAUUCUGUAAAAGGAAAAAAAAAAUAGAAACAAUCAAGAUUCUUGUUCUGA